AUGCGUUUCCUGUCGGUGGCUACCACCGCGCUUCUGGUCGCGGCGCGCGUGGCCGAAGCCUCUCCUGCUCCCUCGUCAGAGGCUGUUUCCAGCCAAGUUGGAGGCAACACGGCCAACAACAACAAUAACAACAACAAUGACCCGUUGGCGAACAUCCUCCCUACGCAGGAGACCACCGCUCCGGCUCCCACCGUGAAGCAGCAGACUGUCGAGGCGGCUCAUACUACCGCUGCUGCUCAAGCUCAGGCUCCGGCGGCCCAAUCUGAAGCAAAGCCCUCGACCGAGGAGACUUCCCCUGCUGAAGCAAAGCCCUCGGCAGAGCAGACUUCUGCUGCGGCGGCGCCAGAGCCGGCUGCUACCACGGCUGAUGCUGCUGCCCCUAAUGGCGGCUUGGUUGGCGCCAUCUCGUCGGUGCUCUCUCCUGCGGAUAGCUCCAAGGGUAGCGCUGCCGCCGCUCCCACGAGUGCCCAGGCUACUGCUGCCGCGCCGUCCUCAACCCCCUCUGCCUCUUCUGGAUCCUCGUCUGGCUCUUCCUCUUCCUCGUCUAGCAGCAGCGCUGACAGCAUCCUCGGAGACAUCACGAAGCCCUUCCAGGAGUUCGGUGAGGGUCUUGAGGGCCUUUUGGACCCUGGCUUCCUCGCCACCGUGACCAACACCUUCAAGUACCUCUCUACCGGUCUGGCGCCCCCCGUUGACAACCAGAUCCGUGUCCUCGUUGGCAACGCCAACGACCUCCUGACGCCCGAGUUCAACAAGAAGGUGGUGGGUCUCAUCGACACCGCCACCAACCUCUUGACCCCCGAGUUCGGCAAGAAGGUCGACACGCUAAUCGACAACGCCAACAACCUGCUGACGGCUGAGUUCAACAAGAAGGUCGACGGCCUGAUCGACAGCGCCGCCGGCCUGCUUACCGAGCAGUUCAGCAAGAAGGUCGACACGCUCAUCGACAACGCUAACGAACUGCUGACGGCCGAGUUCAACAAGAAGGUUGACGGGUUGAUCGACAACGCCGCCGGCCUCCUGACCGCCCAGUUCGCCCAGAAGACCAACAACCUCAUCAACAACGCCAACCUGCUGCUCACGCCGGACUCCGUCAAGACCAUCGACAACGUCCUCGGCAAGGCCGGCCCGCUCAUCAACAACGCCGAGCCGCUCGUCAAGAACGCCAACUCGCUCCUCACCCCGGAGUCCGUCAAGUCCAUCGGCGUCCUGCUCAACAAGGCCGGCCCGCUCGUCAACGACGCCAGCGAGCUCCUCGGCGGCGACAACGUCAAGACCAUCGAGGGCCUCGUCGCCAACGCCAACACCCUGCUCACGCCGGACUUCGUCAAGAAGACCAACAGCCUGAUCAACAACGCCGAUGGCCUCCUCACCCCGUCCGUCGCCAGCGCCCUCAAGCAGAUCCUCGGCGACGUCGUCCCGCUGCUCCCCGCCCUCAAGCCGCUCCUCACCGAGGACACCAUCCACGGCCUGACCGGCCUCCUCAGCAACGCCGAGGCCCUAUUGACUGCCAACUUCGUCAACGAGACCACCUCGCUUGUCGGCUCCGCCAGCGAGCUCCUCACUCCGGACCUCGCCAAGAACCUCAAGGACCUCCUCGGCGACGUUAUGCCGCUCCUGCCCGAGCUGAAGCCUCUGCUUACCUCCGACUCUAUUCACGGCAUUACCAGUCUCCUCAGCAACGCCGAAGCCCUGCUGACCGCUAACUUCGUCAACGAGACCUCGUCGCUCGUCGGCUCCGCCAGCGAGCUCCUUACCCCAGACCUCGCGAAGAACCUCAAGGACCUCCUCGGCGACGUCAUGCCGCUCCUGCCCGAACUGAAGCCCCUGCUCACCACCGACUCCAUCCACGGCAUCACUGGUCUGCUGAGCAACGCCGAGAAGCUCCUCACCCCCAGCUUCGUCAACGAGACCUCGUCGCUGGUCAACUCCGCCGGCGAGCUCCUCACGCCCGAUCUCGUCAAGAACUUGAAGGAUAUCCUGGGAGACGUCAUCCCUCUCAUGCCCGAGCUCAAGCCCCUGCUGAAGCCCUCGACUAUCUCCGAAGUCUCCGGUCUGCUGACCAACGCCGCCGACCUCCUCACGCCCAAGUUCGUCAACGAGACGUCGCUUCUCAUCGACGAUGUGACGGAUGCGCUGCCCAUCCUGGAUGCGCUGCUGAAGUCGCUGUAA